UUUUUUUUUAUAAUAAGCAAGGCACAGCAUCCAACUCAUUUACAUUCUUUUACACUUUGUUUAUUCUACAAAAAAAGUCAUCCACUCGCUUUACUUUAACUACUUCGUGCGCUUCUAUCAAACAUUAGCUGUUAACGAUCAAACACUGAGAGAGAAAAUAUGACUCCACACUCCAGGCAACCCUCGUACGCCUCGUCUUUUGUGUCGACAAGCGCAAACUCCCACCAGACAAGUGGCAUCUUCCCGAAGAAGAGAACGCCGGUGAAAAUUGGGCCAUGGAAACUGGGAAAAACACUAGGAAAGGGUGCUACAGGCAGAGUCUUUUUGGCCACCAAUGUCGAGAACAACCAGAAGGCUGCUGUGAAAAUUGUCUCCAAGGCUGCUCUCACACACGACCAGUCGCAGGACAACGAGGAACAAGACUGCGACUCUGCCGGAUUGAGCUACGGUAUUGAGAGAGAGAUCAUAAUCAUGAAAUUGCUCAACCACAACAACGUUUUAAGAUUGUACGACGUCUGGGAAACAGAAAAGGCCUUGUAUCUUGUGCUAGAGUACGUCGAAGGUGGCGAGCUUUUCGACCUGCUUGUCGAUAGCGGCCCCCUACCCGAAAAAACAGCCGUUGAAUUCUUCAGACAGAUCAUACUAGGUGCAGCUUAUUGUCAUAGCUUGGGCAUCUGCCAUAGAGAUCUCAAGCCUGAAAAUAUCCUCCUCGACAAAGACCUGAAUGUGAAAAUAGCAGACUUUGGUAUGGCAGCAUUGGAAAGCGGCAGACUAUUAGAGACGUCAUGUGGUUCUCCUCAUUACGCUGCUCCUGAGAUUGUGAGCGGCUUGCAUUACCAUGGUGCUGAAUCUGAUGUCUGGUCCUGCGGUGUAAUCUUAUUUGCGUUGCUGACCGGAAGAUUGCCAUUUGAUGAUGAUAACAUAAGGGAUUUGCUUCUGAAAGUCCAAGUUGGCGAGUAUGAAAUUGUUGAGGAUUUAUCCCCAGAAGCUGUGGACUUGAUUCACCACAUGCUCACAGUUAACCCUGAAGCCAGAAUCAAAACGAGGGAUAUAUUGAAACAUCCUUUUGUGAAAAGAUAUUAUGACUGUGAAAAAGAUGAUGCAUUUAUUCAACUACCAUCUCCAGAGAGUGCUGUUAGUCCUGUAAAAUCAAGACAACAGAUAGAUAAGCGCAUAUUGGAAAACUUGGUUAUAUUAUGGCACGGCCGCUCAAGCGAAUCGAUCGUUGAGGCCCUACUUUCGCCAGUUGCCAAUUCAGAGAAAACAUUCUAUACUUUACUACUGAGAUACAGACAUGAUCAUGCAAACUCCAAUAGAAUUAGCAAGGGAAAUGAUCUAGUGCGUAGCUCUUCGGUAAUUUCGAAAGUUACUGACCCCAUCUCCGCCUCAACUUCAUCUUCAUCUUCAUCAAACAACUCCAAUGGAACAAAGAGAAAGAGCCUGUUGAUAACUGCAUCUACCCCUAAUAGACGUCCUAUAUCUUUCCAGAAAAACAAUAGGGUGUCAAGAUCAAGAGAUUCUCUCCAGACUACUGAAUUUUCGGUCGCAAAUUUAACAACACCUUCUGCCGCUUCUCAUCAACGUGCUCUCAGCCAUCAGAAAGAAAAUUCACCAAAUAACCCAAAUACUCAAACUCCGGUCAAAUCAUUCAAUGAUGAUAAGGUACAUAGACGCCAAUCACUAAUAGUCACUGAUGUUACACCUACCAAAAGAAGAUCUAGAGUUCCUUCUGAAGCAUCCAGUUUGAAAAAAAUGCUUGCAACAAGCAAUACAAAAACUCGGAUGAAGAGAAAUUCUGUCACUUCAAAGGUCUUGUCUACUUAUGCAGUAAUGGCUGAGUAUGAGAAGAGUAAGACGUCUGCUGAUAAUUAUGGUAAGAGAGCCUCUUCUGAUUUUGCUGCUCUGUGUGAUGUCCUGUUUGGCGAUGAGAGUAAGGCCAACACUAAGAUUGGAAACUCUGAUUCAAUGGCUACUCUCAAUGCAAUUGUAUUUGGAGAUAAACGUAACUCUGCACGUCUAUCUACAGGCUCACCCACUAGUAAAAGGCAUUCUAGAUAUGAAAGCAAAUCCAGCAAAAAGUCCUCAGCCAAGAGAUCAAGUACGGGUGGUAAUGCGCCAAAGAACAGAAACUCAAGUAACCCAAUUCAGAGGAUUUCAAAGCUUCUAAAUGCUUCUGAGUUGGGCGAUUUUGAGCGUCGUACUGCUUCCGAUAUACAUACAGGGGCUAAUAACCUCACUGCACCACCAAGACCAGUCUCCCGAUUAGACCCAAGAUUUAAAGCUUUCGAAACUUACCAGAAGAGAACUUCACAGCACGCAGCUCAGUUACUUCAACUGCAAGAAGAGGCAGAAGCAGAAGCCAAAGCUCUUGCUGAAAUCAAAAAACGUGAAGAGCAACUCAAAAAGGAACAAGAAGAACUCGAACGCCUGAAGAAAACAUCAGUACAUCGCAAAGGAUCAGAGCUUGUUAACAAUACAUUUAAUGAUGAGCUUGGCUUAUCUAGUGGGACAGUUCUCAAAAAAAAUGACUCGGCAAAUAAUUUCACAUAUCAGCAGCCUAAUCAUACCAAGUUGAAAUCUAGCCGUUAUAGUACUCUUUCGAUGUACUCCACCAAGGCUUCAUCUAAACGAUUAAGCUUUUAUCUCAAAGAGCUAGAUGACGAAAUUACCAAGACUCACGAGCAAACAAAGAAAGAUAGAAUUUCUAGACUGAGUUUGCUAGUUUCCGAUCCAGAAUUUGCUAUUCAAGAUCGGGAUUCACAGUUUGAUACUUCCCAUCAUAAUAAAAGCAUGAACACCUUAAAUGAAGCCGAUGAAGAAAGUUCACAGGCUGGAUUAAGGACCGAAAACAUUGGCGCUAAACCUAGAUCGGCAAGUAUAUCAACUGCUUUGGACAAUGAUUUGAUUUUUGUUGAUCAGCAUGGCGAUAACUCUGGUACGCAAAACAACAUUUCACCGGCAGUUUUACCAUUAUCAAGUACAGCACAAGGCAGCAAUACCAAGACAGGUGCAGAUGCUACUCUAGGAUCAUCGGUGUACGAUUCGAUCUCGCCAUUACCGCCUAAGACUGAAGAUUCAUUUGCGACUGAUUCUGAGAAUACAAAGCAAAAGGGUCCAAAGCUACCUGAAAUUCCAGGCUCUCCUAUUAAAGAGAAAAAAAAUCGUACUGCAAACAAAAAUGACACCUUUGAAAUCUUUGAGGACGCUAUACGCAGGUCGAAACAAGAAUUUGACGAGUCAGAACUGAAAGAGGCUUUGAAUGUUCCUCUUGUAGCAUCAGUCAACAAACCAACUGAAGUUUUCGAAACUAAAGAGCCAAACUCAAAACCUUUGAAGGUUGAAAAGCAGCGCCAACCUUUAGGUGCAAGAGAUGCAAAUUUAAAUCAACAAAAGGGAACAACAGACAAUCAACGAAAAAAUUCUUUCUUUUCCAAGCUAUCACAUUUUCAGCCUGACACCGAAAGGAAGAGUUCAUUCGGUAAAACUUUCAAGUCCCUUUUUUCAGGGAAUCAGUUAUCUCAACCACAGUCUAUGGUUACAGUUUUGACCGCUGAUGAUGCCUUCGAUGCUAUGAAAUCACUGCUGGUAGGAUGGAAACACUAUGGUGUGGGUAAUUUAUUCAUUGACUCAAAACAUAGAAUGCUGAGAGGAGAGCUUGCAAAAAACAAUAACCUCAACAUCAAACAUUGCAAGUUCUUAUGUGUUAUUACACCUUCUAAAGAAAAUGAAUCCAGAAUGACAUUUACACACGAGAAGGGUUCAUCAAAAAGUUUUGACAAACUCAUUGGUGAGGUUAGGCGGAUUCUGGCGAAUGAAAACGUGUUGGCACACUAGUUCUUUGUAUUAUUAUUAUUCUUGCUCUCUUUCUCAAUUUGAAUGUUUGGUGCUAUGUAUUUUUUGCCCUAUAGAAUUAGACUUUCAUUUAUGUUCAUUUUUUUACAUUUCUUUUUCAUUUAAUCUUUUUAAUUGUCAAUUUAUAUACACACAAAACCUGACUAUUUAUUAAAC